AUUUAGCUAGUAGCUAUUCCAGAGAGACAACAAGCUUGUUUCCCAUUUGCUGCCUUUGAAAUCUAUACUCCGGUCGGUAACUACAUUGACCAUCCCUCACAUUUAUCUCACCCAUCUUGCUCUCCCAUAUAUUCCUUAAUAAUCCAAGUCAAGGUUCUCCUCUCUACGCCAUCAUCCACCUGAGAUAUCUAAACAAUGCACAACACGGCAGAGUCUAGUACUUUUCCAGAAGAGACCUCUUUUGAGGAUCUUAAGAAUUAUGACUGGGAACAGCUCCAGGAACGGUAUCUGGAUCUGAUGGAGAAACAUGGAGAAACCGAGGAACAAUUACAGGCUCAGAUUUCAGACUUGCUAGAGAUAUUUGCCGCUUGGUCUCGCGUUACUGUUGUUCGCGAUGAGACUCGGGCAUUCAAAAGGUUCAAAACACAAAUAGAGCAUGUGCAAAACUCGGAAGACACGUUAGAGCAAAAGAGAAAACACUAUGUUGCUGUCGUGAAGGCAUUCGAGAGUGCUCUUGCGCUGCUUAAUGGUCGCCUUAAACACUGAGUAAUUACUUCUUCAGCGGCCAAAUCCUGGCAACGAAAGCGUCUUUUGUUCUUGCCUCUGUCGUUUUUUCAAAUGUACUGUAUAUGACCAAGUGUGGGAUCAGUGAACAGCUAAUAUAAUUUACAACCUUAUCG